GGCGGCUGACGAGGCUGCGUUUUCGCACGGCUGCGUGGUCGGGGGUCUAGUUUCCGGGGGGGGGGUGUUUAGAGGGGUUGCGGACGUCGACAUCCGAAAUGACGGGUGGUGCCGGCGGUUCGGGGGGCAAUGACUUCGUUCCUGUGAGCGACGUGCAGAUGGACGAGCUGCGCAGGAAGUCGAGAGUGUGGCGUCAUGUGACGCAGGGUCGCAGGUUGGGAACAUGGGAGAAGAUGCAUGGGGAUUAUAAGGUGCGCUGCAAUUAUUGCAAGCAUGUCUGGCAGGGGAAUUUGUUCAAGGCACAGUGCCACUUCACACAGUUGAAGAGGUGCUCGGCGGCGACGAUGGACGUGUUCGUUGACCUUUUGAACCACACGGAUUACGAGUUCGAGAAGCGACAUCACCGCGGUAUCGUGGCUUACAUGAGGGAGCACGAUAUCGUGGAUAGACGAGCUGUGGACGUCCAGCCAGGCGAGCAGAGGCAGGGGAGGGUGGAGGGACAGCCGCAGCAAGAGGAUUUGCCGGGGGAGGAGGUGGUCAUGACUGCGCGAGGGAGAAGCGCCGCUCACCAUCAUGAGGGGAACGCACCGGGCCCAACAGGGAAGAGGCCGGUGGGCAGUGGAGUUGAGGGCGUGCCGCAGGCGCACAAGAGACAGCGGCAGUCCACUCUGGAUGAGGUGUACGAUCCAGAUGUGCAGGCCGCAUUCAGGGACACCUUUUUGCAGUGGUGCUACGAUAGUGGUAUACCAUUUGCUGCUUUCAAGAGGCAGCCAUGGUAUAGGCACAAGAAGGCGUUGGCCGCCAUGUCUCGCGGAGUGCGGCCUGUCUAUCCGUCCUUCAAGGACAUUGGGGACGGUGGUAUCGAUGAUCAGCGGGGGAAGGUUGCCGCGAUGUUGAGGGAGGUUCGUGCUUCGUUCGAGUCGGUGGGGGCCACCAUUUUGUCGGACGGUAGGCAAUCGCGAGACGCGAGGCCUAUCGUCAACUUCCUUGCGGCCGCCAAGCGCGGCGCCCUGUUGUACGCCACCGUCCAGCGAGACGGUUCAGUGGCUGAGACGGCACGGAUCGACGUGUUGGCCAUUUGCACGGACUCUGCGUCGAACUAUACGUCCGCCGCAAAGCUCCUUGCAAAGGACCCCGAUCCGGAGAUCCGCCGUAUCACUUGGCUCCCCUGUGCCACCCACGUGGCCAACUUGAUGUUGUCUGACAUCGGCACAGGGGUUCCUUGGGUUACGGAGACCAUUGUCAGAGCUCGAGCGUUGGUGCGAUUCAUUAAAUCGCACGGCGCGGCUUAUCACCUUUUCAGGGGGAAGAGUCGUCGCCGCACGCUUAUGCACCUUGUGGAGACGCGAUUCGCGUCCGUUUUUUUGAUGUUUGUGUGUUUGCUCGCCAGGCGUAACGCCUUGGAGAGCAUGCUUCAUGACGACGAGUGGGACAAGAUCCCAUGGAAGUCGUCGAAGCGCAAACAGGCUCUCUGGGUUCGGCAGGUCAUCCGGUGCGCCGAUUUCUGGCGCAACGUUCAGUAUGAUGUCUUUGUCAUGACCCCUAUCCACCAGCUGUUGAGGAGAUUGGACAGGGGCGGCAUGAUCAUGUCCAUGACGUACUCAUGGUUGCAGGAGUUGGCGCGACAGGUGGCUGCUGUUCACGUCCCUGAUGACAUCCGGAGGCCGUGCGUGGAGGCGGUGCAGAUCCGCACCAUGCAUAUGCUUGAGCCGGCGUACGAUGCGGCGCACCUGCUCAACCCCCGCAGGCGCUCCCUCCGUUACUACGAGUCCGCCCGCAGGACAGUUGCGGACCUCGAGGUUGUUACCGAGUGCGACUCGUUUUUCUUGGUGCAGACAGGCGGUGAUGCGGCGGGGGAUGCAUACUUGCGGGUGCGUCAGCAAAUGCGAUCCUUCCACUCCAGGGUUGGCCACACGACGGACAGGGUGACGAGGGACGCCGAGGCGGAGACCUGUGUAGGGGACGAGGAGACGAGCAGGUGCGCGUCAUGGUGGGUGGAGCACGACGCAUGCUUCGCGGACUUGCAGGAGAUUGCUGGCCGUGUGAUGCACAUGUGGACAUCCGCCUCUCCUGCUGAGAGGAAUUGGGCAGAGCAUGAGCGCAUCCAGACGGCCAAGCGCAACAAGCUCAAGUUCAGGAAGGUCGCGCAGUUAGUUGAGAUUGCUACCAAUCUCAAACUACUUGGAUGCAGCGACCAGAGCGGGGGGUACGUUCUUCCGUGGGGCCACAUGUCGACCCUGGCUGAGGCGCGCCCUGACGAGUACACACACACCCCGACCACCGCCGACAGGGAUGAGGAGGACGAGCCUGAGCCAGAGGAGUGGGGAGCCCGACCUCAGUCGGCAGUGGCCGCACACGAGGUUAGUGCACAGGUCCGUCGAUUCCAGCAGCAGGGUUCUCGUCGUCCGGAGGGAGUUGGUGAGGUUUUCGGUCCCAGAGCCGAGAUACUUCAUCCUUACGACUACGUGCCCCCACCGCCAGCAGAGCCGGCGCAGACGUUGGAGCAGGAGUCGGACUCGGAGGAUUUGCCGCCCGGUGUAGAUAAGAGUGCCGAGAGACUCUACUACACGUACGGUGCAGGAACGGACGAUUUUCAGCCACACUCCACCGUCAUUCAGGAGAGCAACGACGAUUCCGUUCCCGCUAGUGGGGGUGGUACUGGCGGGCCGACGGGACGUGCUGCACGCGGCGCGAGUGGAGGUGCUACAGGGUGGCCUAGUGGAGGGGCCACACUCGGCGAGGGAGGACGUACCUUAGGCAGGGCAGAUGCUGCAGUACGUGCUCAGCCCACUGUUGAGAGAGAUGGGGAGCGCGAGAGGGCGGCCUGCACGGUCGACGACGACGACGACGACGACGAUGGCGAGCCAUUGGUCUUUCAAAAAGCACGCAUGGCGAGCGACAAAGAUCCCUCCGCCACCGAGGGUCUUAGGAGAUCAGUCCAGUUGCAGACGCUGGCCGACUCGUCCACGGGCGCCAGACGCGAGGUGUCCGACAACCUGGAUGACAUUGCAGCUGAUGAGCAUAUGCCGAGCCAGCACACAUCCGCCUCGGCACCUCCAGGGGACAGGGAGCAGACGAACCUACGCACGAUGGGGGAUGACGUCGAGUAUUGUCCUACGGAGGCUGGUGUAUCGGAGUCGACGGAGGAGCUCCAUGCCCGCUUGGAUCGAGAGGAGGAGCAGCGGCUGGAGGUGUUGCAGAGACAGUGGGCGGGUAGAGCCGCGUACGUGGCAGAGCAGCAGCGUGCUCGGGACUUGGAGACUGGUGCUGCAGUACCUGAUCCGGGCGGGUUGGAGCAUCGCGAUCCCACAGCCCCGCAUCGAUUCGCAACUGACCCUGCACAAACUGAGGAGCACGGUGAUCCGACCGUGCCAGAGCAUGGAGAUCCUGCCGUGUCUGACGUCGUACUUGGAUUUUGUGCGGCGGACACGUUGCAGCCCGAUGAUGUACGGACUGAGGAGGCCGCAGUUCGUAUGGAGGGCGAUUCUGACGAGCAUGGGGACGGAGGCCUUGCACCCGGUGCGGAGGCCGAUGAUGGGGCGGAUAAUGCGGGACGACUUUCACCGUCGCCUAGUGCCGGUCCAGGACCAUUGUCACACGGCCCCAUUGGGGGUGACGACAUGGACCUGCAGGGUGAUGAUCCGGAGGAGGUCGGAGGCAGUAUGUCUUUGGCGUUAGUGUUGUGGGAUCCUUCACCGGUGGCGCACGACGUUCCGUCGGAGCAUGUCGAGGGAGGAGGCGGUGCCGAUGAGGAGGAGGAGGAGGGCGGUAUACCACCUGACCUUCACGACCACGCCAGUGACGCCAGAGCAGAUAUGGAGGAGGGGGAGAUUACACCGGGGCCACUCGACCCUGAUGCGUUGCAGCGUGCACUAGUGGAGGAUCCGAUUAGCAGGGGAGCUGCAGGAUCUCUUGGGGUCGGGGGAAGAAAGCUGGCAGCUGCUGGUGGGGGUGGUGAMAAAGCAAGGCUGGAGAGAGCUGCAGCYUUGUCAUUGAGCCAAACGAAGAAAAAUGAAACAGGGCAGCAAGAGCAAGGCAAGGAGGAACCGGUGCGUGGAAAAGGGGCGACUGAAGCUUCUGGAAGCAGCGUGGCAAACACAAACACUGGAAGCGGUCCUGCUCUGAGCAUCGUGGACAUGGCGUCAGCUGCAGUCUAUGGCAGGAGUGCAGGUGCGGCGAAGUCCUCUGACCCGGCUAAGACUGCGGCAAGGGUGGCCCUCCAUGCAGCUGGCCAACGAGUUCCCGUCAAUACGAAGCUUGUCAAGAGCCGCUUCACUACAGGACGAAUGGCGAUGUCGUUUACAUCGACAACAUUUGAUCCAUCAACAAAGAACGAGUUYGAGUACAUUAAGGUAUGAAAAAACUCUGAAAAAAGGAAACUAGCACGAUGCCYCGUAUUGUCSUUGUGUUGACUCAUCUGAUUUGUUGUCUGCAAUGAUGCGAUGUGAUUGAYGGAUCGUUACAUUAAUUACACCGGUCGUUACAAUAAUUACCAUCAUCAGUUAAUGCUGGACUUAUCAUCAUUAGGGGACAACAGUCRAUAACUCCUUGACGUGGUAGGUAACCAAAGAGGGGAGUUUGUGUAACCCCCACCUCUCAUGCCUUGCGUUAUUUACUCCACAACAAGGGGAUACCCACUAGGGGAGGUGGUAGAUAAAUAACCCAGGGCAUG